AUGGAAAUUCCAUAUAGUUAUGAUAAAGAUGGUAUACGUAUUGAUCAUACAACAUUAACACCCCGUUAUUCAGUAACAAAUAAUGAAAGUUUAAAUGAAGGAAUAUCUUAUUUAAAUGAUCAUGGUUAUGCAGUUUUUAGUGAUGUUCUUUCUCAAGAUGAAAUCAAUUUUAAUAAAGAUUUAUUAUGGAAAUUUCUUGAAAAUAUUCCUGAUUUUAAUAUUCGACGUGAUGAUCCUUCAACAUGGUCAAAUCGUUGGCCAGGUUUCAAAACUAGCGGUGUUGUAAAUAGUGAUGGUAUUGGCCAGUCUGAAUUUAUGUGGAAUAUUCGUUCAAAUCGAAAUGUAAAACGUGUUUAUUCACAGAUAUGGAAUACAAAUGAAUUAUUAGUUUCAUUUGAUGGCUGUGGUAUUUAUCGUGAUUGGCGUUACAAUCCAGAAUGGCAAACUAAACCUGCAUGGUAUCAUGUUGAUCAAAAUCCAGUUAUAAAACCUCAUCGAUGUUGUGUACAAGGUUUUGUAUCGUUAACAAAUCAAAAUGAAAAAACAGGUGGUCUUAUUGUUUUUCCACAUACACAUUUACGCUUUCAAGAAUUAAGUAAUCUUGGUAAUCGACGUUCAGAUUUUCUUAUGAUCCGAAGUAAACAUCCAAUCUUCGAUGGAGGACAAGCCAUUGGAAAACUUGUUCAAUGUCAAGUUGGUGAUCUUGUUCUAUGGGAUAGUCGUCUUGUACAUUGUAAUUCACCUGCAUUUUUAACUGAUGAAAUCGAUAGAAAUCAACCGAUAGAUCUUUUAAGAAUCGUAGCAUAUGUUAGUAUGAGUCCUACAACAUUUAUACGUGGAUAUACACUUGAUGAAUUUCGAAAACAACGAAAAUUAUUAGUACAAAAUAAUUGUACAUUAUCACAUUGGAGUACAGAAUUAAAACAAGCAAGUUCAGGUGAACAUUUACCUAAAAUGUCUAUGAAAAAUUUAAAUGCAUAUCAACGUGCACUUAUCCUUGGUACUAAUGUUGAUGAUGAAUAG